AUGAUAAUCGAUUCAAAUGAUAAUCUAAUUGAAUCUGAUGUUAUAAUGGAUGAUGAUCAUCAUCAGAAUGACAUCGACGAAGACGAAGAAGAAGAAGAUGAUGAUGAUUAUGUACUUGAUCUAAGUUCAACAAUAAAACGUUCGAAUAAUUCACAGACAACAUCGUCAUCAUCAAUAUCGAUUACAAAUCAAUCGACAUCGACGACGACGACGACAUCGACUAUACAAGCAACAACAACAACAACAACAAAUGCACGUAAUUUUCUUUAUGUUAAUGGUAUGACAACACCAUUAUUCUCACCUGGUCAUUUUGAUAUGUAUGCAUAUGCUAAACAUCAUCAUGCAUUACAACAACAACAACAGCAACAACAGCAAACAACAACAAUAAUUCCGAAUAAUGGUCAUAGUCCAAAUUUAGCAUCAUCGAUUCCACAUUCACAUUAUACCGGUAGUCCAUCAUCAUCAUUAUCACAUCAUUCGCAUCAUUCACAUCAUCAUCCACAUCAUCCUGCAUCAGCAGCAACUGCAACACAUCCAAAUCAUAAUCAUAAUCAAAAUCAUCAACAUCCGCAUCAUCAUCAAAUACAUCAUCAUCCACCACCACCACAUCAUUUAGGUUCAACAAUAUCACAUCCACAACAACAACAACAACAUCCAGAUUUAUUAUCUCAUCAUCAUAAUCAUAAUCAUCAUUCGGGUCGUAAUGGACAAGAUUUACGAUUAUCAUUAUCGAUUAAUCCUAGCCAACAUCAUCAUCAUCAUCAUCAUCAACAUUCAACACAUCAAGCACAUCAUCCUGUUCAUCAACAACAACAGCAACCAACACAAUAUCAUCAUUCAAAAUUAUCAUUAGGUGUUGAAUAUCCAAAACAACAAUCAACUAAUAAUGGUCCAUCAACAACAUCAUCAAUAUUGAAUAAUGGAUCACAACAUUCUGGAUUAGCAAUGUCAUCACAUCGUUUGGCACAACAACAACAACAACAACAACAGAAUAAAUCUUUUAAUGCAAAUAUUGGUAGUUCGAUACGACAAUCUUCAUCAUCAUCGACAACAACAACAACAACAACAACUACAGCAACAACAACAUCAUUGGCAACUGGAACAACAAAUUCCGCAUUAAAAAUUCAAAUUGAUAUUGGACAAAAUUGUCAAAAUUUAUCCGAUUUUCAAGCAAAUUUUCAUAAUCAAAAUUCAAAUGAUAGUUUAUCAUUAAAUGAUUUGAAUGAACAUGGUAAUCAUCAUGGUAAUCAUAAUGGUGAUAUGAUGAUUUUAUCACCUGAUAUGAAUGGUGAUAAUUCCAAUGGAGCACGUUCAGUUGAUUCAAGUAAUGGAUCAAGAGGUUAUCGUUCAUUACCAUAUCCAUUGAAGAAAAAAGAUGGAAAAAUGCAUUAUGAAUGUAAUAUUUGUUAUAAAACAUUCGGACAAUUAUCUAAUUUAAAAGUACAUUUACGAACGCAUUCUGGUGAACGACCAUUCAAAUGUAAUGUUUGUUCAAAAAGUUUUACGCAAUUAGCACAUUUACAAAAACAUCAUUUAGUACAUACGGGUGAAAAACCGCAUCAAUGUGAAGUUUGUAAAAAACGUUUCAGUUCAACAUCAAAUCUAAAAACACAUUUGCGUUUACAUUCGGGCCAGAAACCAUAUGCAUGUGAUUUAUGUCCAGCAAAAUUUACACAAUUUGUUCAUCUUAAACUACAUAAACGUUUGCAUACAAAUGAAAGACCAUAUACAUGUCAAACAUGUGGAAAACGUUAUAUUAGUGCAUCUGGUUUACGUACACAUUGGAAAACAACAAAUUGUCAACCGAAUGCUGUACAAAGUGAUUUAAUUGAAAUGGAAUUAUCAAGAGCAGCAGCAGCAGCUGCUUGUACAGGUUCAACAACAACAGGUAUUAUGAAACAUCAUGGAACAGCAACCGCAUCAACAAAUCGUUUAGGUCGUCGUCAACAAACAUUGAAACGUAACCGUAAACAACAAUCCAAUUUACGUCAUCAUCAUCAUCAUUUAGGUUUAAAUUCAACAACAUUAUCAUCUAAAUUGAAAAUUUUAUCAAAUGAUAAUAAUCUGGAUGAUGAAUAUGUUGAUAUUAUGGAUGAAUGUGAUGAUGAUAUUGAUGAUGAUGAUGAUAUACAUAUGGAUCCAGCUAUAAUGGCAGCUAUGAUCAAUGGUCAUGAUGAUGAUGAUGAUGAUGAUAUUGUUGAUGAAGAUGAAGAAAUUGUCGAUGAUGAUGAUGAUGAUGAUGAAGAAUCAUCAAUGCUAAUGAUUGAUGAAGAUGAUUGUCAAAUGAUGAUCGAUCAUAAUGAUGAACAACAACUUAGAAAUGUUGCAACAACAACAACAACAACAACAAAACGAAAUGAUAAUCAUCAAGAUCAAGAAUUAUUGAAUCUACAUAGAUCAUCGUCAUCAUCAUCAUCGAAUCAUUCUCAACGUAAAUAUCGUAAACAACAACAACAACAAAAACAAUUGGAAAAUAUCAAUGUAAAUGGUGAAAAUCGAAGAUCACCGAAUAAUAAUAAUAAUAAUAAUAAAUUAACACUUCAUCAUCAUCGAAAUAUUAAUAAUAAUCAAUCAAUUGUUGUAUCAUCAACGAUUGGACAACAACGUGUUAAUGAUGAUAGAAAUAAUUUAAUACAACGAACAUCAUCAUCAUCAUCAUCAGCAGCAGCAGCAGUAGCCGUAGCAGCAGCAGCAGCAGCAGCUGUAGCAACAAAUGUUGUUGUUAGUCGACAACAACAACAACGAAGAUUACAUCGUGGUGGUUUAUCCGGUGGAUCAUUAGAUGAUUAUGAUGAAGAAGAAGAAGAAGAUGAUGAGGAUGAUGAAGAUGAAGAUGUUGAUAAUGUUGUUCACCAUCAUCAUCAUCAUGAUGUUGAU